UGUGUGUGUGUGUGUGUGUGUGUUUAGGUAGUGCUGGUGUUCCCUGGUCCUGGAUCAGUCUCAGUGGAGGAGAUGACAUGGAGAUUACAGAACCUGGCUGACAUGAAGUCAGCUGCCUCCCCUGACGAGGAACCGUCCCCAAAGAGGCCCAGAGCUGAGGAGACGCCAGGAGCCACACAGCAGGCUGAGGGACAGACAUCAGGAGCCACACACACAGAGGAGAGGGGAGGGGCAGCAGGGAUAGAGGGCCAGACUGAGACACCAGGAGCCUGUCCCCUCCAGAGAGUGGUGUUCAUCGACAGCACAUGGAACCAGACCACCAGAAUCAUCACAGAUGAGAGACUACAGGCGUUGCUCCGUGUGGAGCUGAAGACCAGGAAGACGUGUUUCUGGCGCCAUCAGAAAGGUUCUCCAGACACCUACCUGGCAACCAUAGAGGCUGUCUACUACUUCCUCAAGGACUACCAGGAGCUGUGUCUGAGACAGGAGUACACAGGACAGUAUGACAACCUGAUGUACUUCUACUGUUACCUACACACACUGAUCAACAAGGCUAAGACAACCGCUGGGAGACGCUGAGGACGCAGGGAGGAGAGAGAGGCCAAAACUACUGCAGGGAGGAGAGAGAGGCCAAAACUACUGCAGGGAGGAGAGAGAGGCCAAAACUACCGCUGGGAGACGCAGAGACUGCAGGGAGGAGAGAGAGGCCAAAACUACUGCAGGGAGGAGAGAGAGGCCAAAACUACUGCAGGGAGGA